AUGCCUGCAGCAUCGAAGAAGGUUGCCCCAGUGCCUCUCGAGGUGCUCACUACUAAAUAUAAUUUCAUUCGAUGCAAUUUCAACGAUAUUUGGAGAUUUGUGGAGAAGUUUAACGAGGAUUGUUCGGCCAGCUCGAUCGAAGUUCGGCUCGAAAAACUUGAUGGUUUGUGGGAGAGUUUCAAUGAGACUAUAAUUUCUAUAAUUUCUCACGAGGAGUACUGCGCGCAAGCCGAUGCGUACGAAAACGAACGGCUCGAAUUCAGCGAUAAAUUCUACCAUGCCAAAUCUUUUCUCAUGGAAAAGAUGAAGAUGAAGCAGGAACUAUCUGGUCAUGACCAAUCUGCUCGUGCAAACGAAACGGUUGCUCAUCAUUCGCUAGACCAUGUGCGCCUACCGCAAAUCAAACUCCAAACUUUUAACGGGGAUAUCGAUGAGUUGCUCAGCUUCCGAGACCUUUUCACGUCACUCAUCCAUUGGAAAACGGACCUUCCCGAAGUGGAAAAGUUCCACUACCUCAAAGGCUGCCUCCAAGGGGAACCCAAAAAUUUAAUUGACUCUCUUCAAAUCACCAGAGCCAAUUAUCAAAUUGCUUGGGAUACUCUUUUGCGCAGAUACAACAACAACAAACAUCUGAAGAAACGCCAGGUUUUAUCGCUUUUCAAUCUGCCUACCCUCAAUAAGGAAAACGCUUCGGAAUUGCAUUCGCUAUUUGAAUCCUUUGAACGCAUAGUCCAAACUUUAGACCAAAUUGUUCAGCCAACCGAAUAUAAAGAUCUCCUUUUGGUUAAUCUUCUUACUUCGCGACUCGAUCCAAUCACGAGGCGUGGUUGGGAGGAGCAGUCGUCAUCAAACGAACAGGAUACGAUUAAGGAGUUAUUGGAAUUCCUUCAACGUCGCAUCCGGGUGCUGGAAGCACUACCCACCAAACAAGCUGAACCAAGGGGACCUCAGCUGGUCAACAAUCCAUCGCGACCAAGAUUGCUGCCAAGAAUUAGUCACAACGCCGUCCAAUUCUCGGGGAAGCAAUGUGUUGCAUGUAACGCACAUCAUCCACUUUACACAUGCUCGACUUUCCAAAGGCUUAAGGUAGCAGAUAGGGAAGCUUUAAUUCGAUCACACGCGCUCUGCAGGAACUGUUUCCGGUCAGGUCAUCAGGCGAAGGAUUGUCAAUCCAAAUUCUCGUGUCGUUACUGCAAGGCUCGGCAUCAUUCGAUGGUCUGUUUUAAAUCCGACGGGGAGGCAAGGCAGGCGUCAAGGGAACAACCAAGGAGACGAGAGGAAGCGGAAGGAUUACACGUUAUCCAAAAUCAGACAGCCAACUUGGCGGCUUCUGAUUCUACGGCUAACACUGCAUCGCAACGGUUUUCAUCACAGGUUCUAUUGGCUACGGCAGUAAUCCUACUCCAAGACGUCGAGGGCAAUCAAUUUCCGGCACGCGCACUCUUAGACUCGGGCUCUGAGAGCAACUUCCUCUCCGAACGAAUGAAUCAACUGCUUCAGGUUCCGCGACAAAGGGUGGAGAUCUCUAUUCUGGGAAUAGGGCAAACAGGUACGAGAGUAAGGCAGAAGGUUAACGCUAUCGUUCGAUCCCGAACAACCGAUUUCAAACGCACCAUGAGCUUCCUAGUCCUACCUAAGGUUACCGUCAAUCUUCCCACGGCUAACGUCAACACACAAGGAUGGAAUUUCCCGGAAGGUAUAGAGCUGGCAGAUCCUACAUUUUGUUUCUCGUCGAGCGUCGAUGUGGUCCUAGGAAUAGAGGCAUUUUUCGAUUUCUUCUCUACGGGUCGUAAACUUUCAUUAGGCGACAACUUACCAUCACUAAACGAGUCGGUCUUCGGAUGGGUAAUCAGCGGUGGUAAUUCCAAUCCAAGUCAGCCUCUACGCAUCAACUGCAACGUGUCGACUACUGAAAACUUAGACGCUUUGAUUUCUCGCUUUUGGUCCAGCGAAGAAAUUGAAUUUCCCAACAACUACUCACCUGAAGAAUCACGUUGCGAGAAAAUGUUCUGCAAAACCAUCGUACGAGAACCAGGCGGUCGCUACUGUGUCGGCUUACCCAAGGAUGAAUCAAAACUGAAAAACCUAGGUGAAUCAAAAGAAAUCGCUCUGAGGCGCCUCUACGCAACCGAACGUCGAUUGGCACGCGACGAGGAACUACGCAAGCUGUACGCCACGUUCAUGCGCGAGUACGAAGAAAUGGGUCACAUGAAGAAGGUUGAACCCCACGCUGCAGUCAAGAGAUGUUACCUACCUCACCAUCCGGUGAUCAAAUCAUCGAGCACCACGACCAAACUGAGAGUAGUGUUCGACGCUUCCUGUAAGACGGCUUCCGGUACCUCUCUAAACGACACCCUUCUUGUUGGCCCGGUCGUACAGCAGGAUUUACGCUCCAUCAUUCUACGUUCGCGUACCAGACAGUUCAUGUUGGUUUCGGACAUUGAGAAAAUGUUCCGUCAGAUAAAUAUACUCUCGGAGGACAAACCUCUUCAGUCAAUUCUUUGGAGAGAAUCGCCACUAGAAGAAGUUUCUACCUACGAGCUAAACACCGUAACAUAUGGCACGAAACCAGCACCAUUCCUGGCCACGCGUACCCUUCAGCAGCUAGCGGAAGAUGAGCAGCAUACUUACCCAUUGGCAGCUAAGGCUCUCAGAGAGGACACAUACAUGGACGACGUUAUCAGCGGGGCGGACACGGUGGAGGAAGCAACGAUACUGAGGAAGCAACUGGUGGAUCUCACAGCCUGUGGAGGAUUUCGGUUACGCAAGCACGCCUCGAACUGCUUAGAAGCGCUGGUUGGACUUUCGGAUGAUGAUUUGGCAAUUCGAAUUGAAAAGGGCAUUAUUCUUGAUCCGGAUCCAUCGGUCAACACAUUGGGACUAACUUGGUUGCCCAUAACUGAUGAGCUCCGCUUCCGCUUCGAAAUUCCUGCUAUUGAAUCGAACGACAUACUUACCAAACGGCGCGUGUUAUCAAUUAUCGCUACCCUCUUCGAUCCUCUUGGUCUGAUAGGAGCAACAAUCGUCAAGGCUAAAAUCUUCAUGCAGCUAUUAUGGACUCUAAAAAACAAUCAAGACGAGUGCUUGGGCUGGGACGAGCCCCUACCAUCGACGGUGGGUGAGGAAUGGAAAGGGUUCCAUUCACAACUUCCUCUCCUUAAUCAACUGCGGAUCAAUCGAUGCAUCAUAAUUCCCAACGCGGUGAAUGUGGAAAUUCACUGCUUCUCCGACGCUUCUCAAAAGGCUUACGGAACCUGCUUGUACCUCCGGAGUACGAACGAUGAAGGACAGAUUCUCACCAGAAUACUCACCUCCAAAUCUAGAGUCUCCCCUUUGCGGUGUCAAUCAAUUCCUCGGCUGGAAUUGGCUGGCGCUCUCCAUGCUGCUGAACUAUUCGAAAAGGUGAAACAUGUUCUCAAUUUAAACGCAUCGACUUUCUUCUGGACCGACUCAACAUGCGUUUGGCGCUGGCUUCAAGCGACACCAAGCACAUGGUCAACCUACGUGGCCAACAGGGUGGCAAAAAUACAAAAUUUAACGGAGGGAUGUGAAUGGCGUCACGUUCCAGGAUCGGACAACCCAGCGGACCUCAUCUCGCGAGGAAUCACACCGGAAGAGCUCAUGCAUAAUCGUUUAUGGUGGAAUGGUCCACCAUGGUUGGAAAAGGAAGCUGAAAAUUGGCCAAAAUCAAUGGAUGUGAGGGGCGAGGAAGGAGAUGAGGAAAGGCGCCGAACUGCCCAUGCAGCUGCAUGCGCCCAGAAGGGGGAAUUUAACGAGUUCUUUAUUGCUAAAUUCUCUUCUUAUAACGAACUCAUCCGGAGCACUGCAGUGUGGCUUCGUCUUAUGAAUAUUAUUAGAAAAUCUCCUCAACAGACGGUGCGCGGACCACUCACUUUGAUGGAGCUGAAAGAAGCAGAAAUCCGAAUUAUUCGAAGUGUUCAGCAAGAAACAUUUGCUGAAGAGCUCAAAUCACUCACCAAGGAUGGAACUGUUCAUAGGAGCUCCAAGCUGCGAUGGUUUCAUCCGUUCGUUUCCAAGAGUGGCCUGAUUCGGAUUGGUGGACGACUCAGCAAAUCGGAAGAAGCAGACGACUCAAAGCACCCUAUUGUGCUACCAGCACGACAUCGGCUCACCAGGAUGAUCCUCGAGCAAUACCAUCUUCGGCUGCUGCAUGCGGGUCCUCAGCUCAUGCAGCUCAGCAACAUUCGCCUUCGGUUCUGGCCUUUGGGAGGGAGAAACAUCGUCAAGCAGAUCGUACACCAAUGCCACAAAUGCUUCCGAGCCAAACCGAAACCGGUUCAGCAAUUCAUGGGCGAUCUUCCGGCAUCUAGGGCACUGAGGAGAUUCAUCGGGCGUCGUUCGUUGUGUUCCGAUCUGUAUUCCGAUAACGGAACCAAUUUCGUCGGCGCACGAAACAAGAUGCGGGAAUUCCUACAGCAGCUGAAAUCACAACAACAUCGGGAUCACAUAACCAAGUUUUGUGAUUCGGAAGGAAUCAAUUGGCACUUUAACCCACCUGGUGGUCCACAUUUUGGCGGUCUUUGGGAGGCCGCGGUUAGAUCGGCCAAACAUCAUAUGCUGCGGGUCAUCGGAGACACACCAAAGUCGAUCGAGGACAUGCAAACACUUCUCGUUCAGAUUGAAGCAUGUCUGAACUCGAGACCCAUCACACCACUUUCUGACGACCCGAACGAUCUGGAAGCACUCACCCCGGGACACUUCUUGGUCGGGUCUUCCUUGAGAGCACCACCCGAACCAGAUUACGACGAAAUUCCUGUAAAUCGGCUCAACUUCUGGCAGCAAAUUCAGCAGCAACGAAAACAAUUCUGGAUCCGAUGGAAACGCGAGUACUUGUGCCAGCUUCAGGCCCGAGUGAAACGUUGGCGACCAUCCACACCGAUAGCUGUUGAUGAGCUUGUCAUCAUUUGCGAUGACAACAAACAACCGAUUCACUGGAGGAUGGGACGAAUCGUUAAGGUACACCCAGGUGAAGACGGUGUAAUACGAGUCGUGACCAUCAGGACUGCGAAUGGAUUAUUAACACGGCCAAUCGAGAGAGUCUGCAUAUUACCGAAAUUCGAGGAAAAGGGUCAGCAAAUACCAUCGGAGGAGCCAGAGCCGAUUCAACCAUAG